UUGAUGCGCCAUGAUAUAACUGAAAUACUGGUCCUAGCAGAAUUAAACCAAACUCAAUCAUUCGAUCGACCGAAAGGCUUUAAAUCAGCCUUCAUAUCAGAAAGACGAAGUAAAAAAUAAAAAAUACCAAACUCAAUCAUUCAAUCAGCCUUUAUAUCAGAAGGACGAACUUAAACAUGACUACACCGAACUCAAUCAUUCAAUCAGCCUUUAUAUCAGAAAGACGAACUUAAACAUGACUACACUGAACUCAAUCAUUCAAUCAGCCUUUAUAUCAGAAAGACGAACUUAAACAUGACUACACCUCCUCUAAUUGUUAUAUUUACAGAAUUGGCGAUUUUCUCAGCGCAAACACGGACAGGUAUCCCGAAGUAGUUUUCAAUGAAGCUGUCAGAAUGGCAGAGGAGAAAUGGACGGGUACAAUACAGCAGUACAUGGCAACGGAAAAUAUCCAUGUGGACAAACUUCUUGGGAAUAUUCCAAAGAACUGUUUCUACUACAUAUUCGUGGAACUUGUGGAGGAUGUGAUUCUAACAGACACAGAGAAGGAACUGCUGGGUACAUGUCUCGCCUCCUGUCAUGAAGACUACGGAGAAAUCGUCGCCUACGGUGGUGUCCUGGAGCCAGUGGUGCUGCAGAUGGAGAGGGGGACGUUUGAAGGCGUCAGACGGCUCAUUCUGAGCGUCAAUCCAGAGGCAUCCAGCGUACAGUACAAGCCGGCCAAAUUUAUUCGCAAACCUGAAGUUCUUAACUACCUUCUGAAACAUCAUAUGAAAUAGUUUCUGUUACAUCCUCAAACAAGGUGUGUGUGUGUGCGUGCGUGCGUGUGCGUGCAUGUGUGUGUGCGUGCAUGUGUGUGUGUGUGUGUGUGUGUGCGUGCGUGAGCGCCUGAACGCUUGCUUGCUUGUUCUCGUCCGGACUAAUGCCAAAUUUAUAGUGAUAGCCCACUGGGAUGCUAUGCCCGAGGCGGGUGCUUCCGUUAGAACAGGACAUACUCAUAAUAUUCUUUUCGCGAUCAGCUCAUGUCUUCACUGAUUUCCAGUGAUCAAUUCAUACCCAAUGGAAUCUUUUUCGACCGAUAAUCGAGACUGGUUAUUCUCUGGCGUUGACGUUAUAUAUUGACAAUAGCGGGUGACCUCGUCUGGAUGAACACUACCAAGCUAACUGUCGUUCAUUUCCCGAUGAACGUCAGUGUGUGGUUACUUUAUCAAUGAAAUGCAGACAUAUGGAAAAGCUAUACAGGAAAUCCUCAAUCGGUGAAUAGAAAUAACGUCAAAAAUAGAGACGAUGUCAUCAUGCGACUUAGGCUGUGAAUGAUGCAGGCUUUGAGUGAGUGAGUGAGUAUGGUUUGACGCCGCUUUUAGCAAUAUUCCAGCAAUAGCCGGCGGGGGACACCAGAAAUGGGCUUCACACAUUGUACCCAUGUCGGGAAUCAAACCCGGGUCUUCGGCGUGACGAGCGAACGCUUUAGCCACUGGGCUACCCGACCGCCCCGUGCAGGCUUUGAAGCCAGAACGAUCAUGUAUAUCCAUUCGAACAGAGAAUUCACUUGACUUAAUGUUUUACGUCGCAUCGGCAUUAAUUCAGCCACAUAGCGACCCUUACUAAACUCCACACUGUCGUGUAUAGAUCUAUUGUAUCGGAAAUCCAACCGCGCCGCCUCAAGCGGCCAUACCCGUCAUCAGCCGCUUAUCUAGCCUUAGUAUGACUCAAACUCACCCCAGAGUUCACAGAACUUUCAUAUUAAUCCAUUUUCAGCAUCAACCGGGUCUGGAUUUCUUUCAGUUUCCAACUUUGCUGGGUGCAGCUUCUAUUUCAAGAGAAUGUCAUUGUAAUAGCCGCCAUUUUAUGACUUAUGUAAAACCAAGGGACGUAACUCCCAAUUUAUUUCUGGGGACGGAUGACGUCACGAAAAAAGCAACGCUCCGUGUUAAUAUACUUUACUUUAAAUAAUUAAAGUUUGGUGUUUAAAUGUAUUGUUCGGUUAUGAUUUAUGUAUCUGUCAAUGUAAAAAUUGAGGUUGUAUUUGUGGACAACUUCUACAAAAUGCAGUUCUAUUUGUUGACUUCAUCAGAAAGGCACUGUUUUCAAUUAUCAGCUGAUGAACGUCAACAAGUACAAUUGUGGGAGCAGU